GUCUGAACAGAGGAGCAGGUCAUAGCAGGUCGCUAUGGCCCCAUUUAAAGGUCUGCUGAAGACGCGGGAUGGAGCUUCAGCCGCUGUGGUGGUUAAAACCCUCAGAGGUGCGAAGGAGGUUGCAGCCGGCCUGGAUUACCUGAUGUCGGAGCACAGGCUGGUGCACGGGAAUGCCGCUGCCAGGAACGUCUUAAUUGGCUCGGGCCUUCGAGUGUCUGGACUGGGCGUGGCGUUUAGCGGACGCAACGCGGAUCCGGCAGCGAGGCCGAGGGCGGAGGUUCCUCUGAAAUGGCAGGUUCCAGAGAGGAUUAUGAUGGAGCUCAGCAUUGACAGGAGCGACGUAUGGUCAUUUGGAAUCCUACUCUAUGAACUGGUUACUUUAGGCUCUCCUCCGUACCCAGACGUGGAGCCUGUGUCUGUGCUUCCAAAGCUACAGAGGUCUUAUCGAAUGAAAAGGCCAGAGACGUGUGGUCUCUGGACUCUGUAUGACCUGAUGAAGUACUGUUAGAUGUGGAGUUUCAAGGACCGACCUGCUUUCUCAGCCAUCAUGAACCUGUUGGACUCAUCACUGCACCUGGCUGAUACUAAGCCCAUACAUGUUACUGAGGUCAUAAACAUAUUAGAGUAUAACAGAAAGGCUGGGCUGAUCUCAUCAGGAUGAGCAACCAAGUCUGACAACCCAACAAGUCAUAUUUUAAUAUAAUGUAAUGUAAUGAGUUCUGCCCCACAUUAAACAUUACAAUUUAAACAGUGACAUAUUUAUAAAUAUAUUUAUUUUCAUUUCACAAAUGUACAAGGUUACAGUAAAAGCACACAUAUUAAUGUUCAUACACAUUCUUCAUAUAGAAAGCUCAUGUUUACAUUAGUGUAGCUUUAUAGUGUGUAAAUCCAAACACCCACAGAGGAAAACUGAGUGUGCUACUGUAAAUGUCCGGAAGUUAAAAAAUGAUAUUAUAUGGAUACGGACUCAAUCAGUAUUUAAAUAUUAAUUUCACACACACACACACACACACACACACACACACACACACACACACACACACACACACACACACACACACACACACACACACA